UGACGUCAGCUACAGGCGCUCAACGAUUUGAUUGGGGGAAACAUUUCUGAGGUCAAAGUUUAACUUCCGUGUCGCACGGCUAACAUGGCGGAUAAAGAAAAGAAGAAAAAGGAGAGCAUCUUCGACUUGUCAAAAUACAUCGACAAGCCGAUUCGUGUGAAGUUUCAAGGAGGACGAGAGGCCAGCGGUGUCCUGAAAGGUUUUGAUCCUCUGUUGAACCUGGUGCUGGACGGCACAAUCGAGUAUAUGCGCGAUCCAGACGACCAGCUGAAGCUGACAGAAGACACCAGGCAGCUGGGGCUGGUGGUCUGCAGAGGAACCUCCGUAGUGCUUAUCUGUCCUCAGGACGGCAUGGAGGCCAUACCAAACCCUUUCAUACAGCAGCAGGACGGCUAACACACACAGUCGGUUGCCUGCUGUGUUACAGACACAAAUGUACACACACAACCAUGCACACACUUGAAUAUUUUGUGAGGUUUUCGUUGUUUUAAUUUGUUUUAAUCAUAACAGUAAUUAUGCAUACAACAAAGCUAUUUUCUGUUGCCACUUAGAAGCACUUCAUUUUUGUUUCUGUCUGGUGUGCAAAUUUUCAAAGAUUUGAGUUGUAAAGAGCCCACGAGUUUGGGAAGUGUUAACAGUACUGUUUUCUUUUUAUCCAGAAAAAGUAAACUUUUUACUAUUCUUUGUUUUUUGAUAAGAAAAUAAAAUGAAAAUGUAUCUUG